AUGUCAGGAAAAGUCAUUAUUGUUACCGGGGCUUCCCGGGGUAUGGGACAGGCAAUUGCAAGGCUUAUUAUCCAAAAAGAUGAAGCAUCCAAAGUUGUUCUAGCUGCGAGAUCAAAGCAACUACUUGAAAAGUUUCCACAACUGUUUCCACAAGAUGAAAGAGAGAAUGUGAAGUCCAGAACAUUGGUUGUGGCUGGUGAUUUAACACAGGCAUCUACAGCUAAGCGGUUGGUUAAGGAGACAAUUGCCAAGUUCGGUGGAAUUGACUCAGUCAUCUUCAAUGCAGGAGUGUUAGAUCCUGUUGGGCAUGUUGCAGACAUCGAUACUGGGAAGCUACGCAAGCUUUUUGACAUCAACUUCUUCUCGAUUGUCCAAUUACUACAGGAAGCGAUUCCUCAGCUUAGAAAAUCUGCACAGAAGACCGGAAGACCCUCCAGCUGCAUUUUUGUCUCUUCAGGUGCCUCUCUUAAGUCAUACGAUGGCUGGAUGGCCUAUGGUGCUUCAAAAGCAGCCGUUAAUCACGUUGCUUUGGAUGUGAGUGUCGAAGAAUCACCGUUGAUCAGAACUGCGAGUGUUGCUCCUGGAGUUGUCGAUACAGACAUGCAGGUUUACAUCAGGAAUGUUGCUGGUCUACAUAUGAAGCCCGAGGCUUUGAAACGGUUUACGGAUCUUUAUGAAAAGCACCAACUUCUUCCUCCCCAAGUUCCUGGUUCGAUUUAUGCCAAUUUGGCGUUACGAGGAAUUCCAGACUCUUUGAAUGGAAAAUAUGUCCGCUACAGCGACUCCAGUGUUGCUGAGUACUUGGAUACGAAUUGA